ACUGCAGAAGGAACAAUAGCCGACAACGGAAUUGUACUACUCAAGUCUCUCGUGGAGCAGUUAAAGCAAAAGAGACAAACCCUCAAGGAACUUAACGAUAAGAUAGCAGUUUUACUGGAAACUCCUGAGGAACUCGAAGCAGAAAUACUCGAUGCAGAGGAACUAGACAGCCUUAUCGUGGAGAAGGUUUGCCUCACCGACAAUUUAAUUGAGCUCGCCAAAAGAAACCUCGACCAGUACGUGUUGUCUCACAGUCCCGGGAAUAUCAGUACUCCGUCAAGUUCACCGCAAAAGGGACAAACAAAUCAGCAACCCAUUCCAUCUACGUCGCAAACGGAACAAGAAAAUCAACAAUCCAAUUCCCCACCUUCGACUGGAACGUCAGGUAGCGAUUUUCAAAGUAACACAGCCGCUUCAGCAGAGAAUCCCCCAAUUACACCACCGAUUACCCGAUUACACCACCGCCGGUGAGUACAUUCCAAACUAAUCGUUUACCUAAACUUGUACUGCCAUCGUUUAAUGGGAACCCGCUUGAAUGGCAAUCGUUUUGGGACGCCUUUCAGUCUGCAGUACACGAUAACUCUUCGAUCAGUGAUGUCCAAAGGUUCAAUUAUUUGAGAGCACAGUUACGCGACGGAGCUGAAAGAGUCAUUGCCGGGUUGCCAUUAACCAGUGCCAAUUACGCUAAGAGCAUCCAGUUAUUGAAAGAUAGAUUCGCUCAACCCCACAAGAUUAUCAAUGCACACAUGGAGGCACUGCUCAACCUUCCAUCACCCACUGAUCAUUUAAGUAGUUUGAGGCUUUUCUAUGACUCAGUUGAAACACACAUCAGGGGACUUGAGUCACUAGGGAAGAAAACAGAAACGUAUGGAGAUAUUCUUGUUCCCAUCAUUCAGAAGAAGUUACCUAAUGGAAUUAAGAGGAAUCUAGCAAGGCAAAAUGGAAACAAGGAGUGGCAGCUUGACAACUUACGUAAGGCAAUCUUGAACGAAAUUGAAAUCUUAGAAGCAGGUCAGAACAGUUCUAGCGAUUAUGAACUCAGUAGCAACUCAACAACUGCUGCUACUGCUGCAUUUCUCACGACUUCAAAGCCACCUACACCUGUUCUCCCUCCUCCCACUGAUCGGCGCCCUACCAAGCGAACAUGCCUUUUCUGUAAGGGCGAACACAGUUCAAAUGAUUGUAAUGUUGUAACAGACAAGGGAAGGAGAUACUCCAUUGUACGUGAUGCAAGGGUAUGCUUUAACUGUCUUAAUCGUCAUUCAGUAUCUAAAUGCAAGUCACGGAACAGAUGUAAGGUGUGCCAUCGAAAGCAUCAUACCAGUCUUUGCCAAAAUGCAGAAUCAACUCCCCUAGUGUCAUCCACUGAACCGCCAACUACAAACAAGGCUCAAUGUACACCCACCACAGACAAGACUACAGCACCUUCAGUCUCAUCCUACCACAUUGGUGAUACUAGCAGACACACCCCCCGUUCUACUGAAAACAGCCGUUGCUUCUGUUGGUAGUCACAACAACCACAUCAGUGCACACAUUUUAUUUGAUGAAGGGUCUCAACGCUCCUUCAUUACUUCAGAUGUAGCGACCAAACUUGAUCUGAAACCAGAAAUGCAAGAGACCAUAUCCCUGUCAACCUUUGGUGGGAACACAUCAUCCGUUAAACGCAUUGACACUGCCACCGUUUUUGUUGAAACCGCUCAAGAGGAGAACAUUCCCAUUCGCGUGAUCAUUGUACCAACAAUAGCUGCCCCUCACUACUUACACUGGUGCCAAUGUAAGGGAACUACCACACUUAAAGGGACUGUCAUUAGCACAAAACGUUGA